CUGGUCGUUGUGCGAGUGCCGGAAGGUUGGUACGUUACCGAGGGAGAGUGCCGACUAGGCCUCGGACUCACGGCGCAGUUCUUCCGACAUUUAUGCACGUAAUAUAUUGUUUUACAAUUUGCAAACUAAUCUUGAAACAAUAAAAUGUCUGCUCAAGCUCAAAUGAGAGCGAUGCUGGACCAGUUAAUGGGCACAUCCAGGGAUGGAGAUGCAACACGACAACGUGUGAAAUUCUCAGAUGAUAGAGUUUGCAAGAGUCAUCUUCUUGGUUGCUGUCCUCAUGAUAUCCUUUCAGGAACGCGUAUGGACCUGGGAGAAUGCACAAAGAUUCAUGACCUCGCUUUGAGAGCUGAUUAUGAAAUCGCUGCAAAAGAAAGAGAUUUAUUCUUUGAACUCGAUGCUAUGGAACAUCUUGAAAGUUUUAUCGUUGAUUGUGAUAGAAGAACAGAUAUUGCCAAGAAGCGCUUGGCAGAAACACAAGAAGAAAUAAGUGCUGAAGUAGCUGCUAAGGCAGAAAAAGUGCAUGAGCUGAAUGAAGAAAUAGGAAAGCUUUUAGCUAAAGCUGAACAACUUGGAGCUGAAGGAAAUGUUGAAGAAUCUCAGAAGGUCAUGCAGGAAGUAGAAAGAGUGCGAACAAAAAAGAGGGAAGCAGAGGAUGAAUAUAGGAAUUCAAUGCCUGCUUCUAGCUUCCAGCAACAGAAACUGCGUGUCUGUGAAAUUUGUUCUGCAUACCUGGGCCUUCAUGACAAUGAUCGCCGACUUGCUGAUCAUUUUGGGGGCAAACUGCACUUGGGAUUCAUACAAAUACGGGAGAAGUUAGAUCAUCUGAAGAAAAUUGUUGCAGAGAAACAAGAAAGAAGGAAUCAAGAACGAUUAAAGAGGAGAGAAGAAAGGGAGAAAGAAGAGAGGAUGAAAAGAAAGUCCAGAUCACGAAGCAGGGAUCAUAAGAGAUCAAGGUCACGCGAUCACAGGCGGAAACGCUCUAGUUCUCCUGUUCAUGAGCGACGUAAAUCUAGAUCAAGAUCCAGAUCCAGAGAACGAGAAAGGCGCCGCAGGCACAGGUCCCGUUCACAUAGCCGCAGCAGAGGGCAUUGUCGCAGCUCAAGGGACAAAAGCAGGGACCGGAGUUCAAAGCAUAAGUCUUCACGGGAUCGAUCUCCUAGGGAAAAAUCAAGAGAUAAGGAUCGAAAGGAGAAGAGUUCGUCAGAAAGGAAACAUGAGAGUACAAAUGGGAAGUCAGAAUUAAAUGCAACAAGUCCUGAAGAAAGGGAGGCUGGUGAAAUCUGAAGUAUUGACUGAACCAAAAAAGUUAAUGUAAAACUGAAAAUAUUCUCAAAACCCUUUUGAAUUUCCCUUGUUUAUAUAUUCCUGCCAUUUAGCGCUUCAUUUUGGCAGAGAAAAUUUCGUAGAUGUAGGUAUGCAUUUUUUUUCCAUUGGUGUUCCAAGUUUUCCUCUGAUGCAGUUUAUUUAUAUAAAAAAAAUAAGCAAGUAGGUUUUUUUUUAAAAAAUACAGACCAUCUUUGGAACCAGCAUGAAACACAACAACGUGAAGCUUUCUAGUAAGUACCUGUUUAGUUAGUUAGCAGUUUGGUCUCUACAAUGAAAUAAGUUCAUGUCAGCCUAAUGAGAGUCAAGAACUUUAUAACUGGUUAACUACUGAUGGAGUUCUGCUUGUAUGCUGCAACUUCAUUACAAGACCCACAAAAUCAAAUGCCAUUAAUUUUUCCAGUGUUUCGGUGGCUAUUCAGUUGAUGAGGGGGCAAAAAGCCUGUGAAAUUUCAUUCCUGUGGAUAUUUUCCCUCUAAGAAAAGUAAUUUUCUGUCAAACUUAAUUUUUUCAAACAUUUUUGUUGGAGGUGCAAUAUAUUUGUAUGAUUGUACAGAUUAAUGUACCAACCGAAACUCCAGCUGAAAUUAGUGAACUUGUUUUGAGAUCUAUAUUGUUACGAAAAUUCUAUUUCUCUUAGAUGCAAAAAUUCUUUAAAGAAAAUCUCCUCCCUGUAAAAGAACUGAUUUGACACUAUCACAUCGAUGUUAUUUUGAUUGUGAUCAGUGGUUAUCAUCAGAGUUUAAUGCUGCACCGCCAUUUUGCAUCACUGUAAUGUUGCUUGUUACAAAUAUUAUUACAAGAGUGAUGUAAAUUAAACGCUCGGUGCAGUGAAGUUGUGAGACCAUGAAAGUUGGGCUUCACACCAGCUGUAAUUUUUAUGUCCUCUAGCUUGUUUCAAAGCCAUACUUUUGAAGUGCCCUUUAGUUCAUUGACACUUCAUGAAUUUAUUUGGAAUCCUUUUAUUAUGAGAGAAGCUACAGUUUUUUUUAUAUAUAGCUACCUAGCUGGUUGAGAGCAUGGCUCUGCAAAGAUCCUAGCAAAAUCGAGUUGUAGUAUAACUCUGGUCUACUAACUGCACAUAAUCCAUUGCACUUACCAACUGGUGUUAGAAAUAAAAUGGCAGAUAACUUUGUAUGUCGUUCCUGAUAAUGCCAUGAUUUUAAAAUGGAUUUAUUUUGAAAAUAUAAAACUGGAAGGUUUCAUUUAAAGCAACACACUUAUAUUUCUCCUACUGCUCAGUUCAGACCUUAAUUAAAAGUGGUUUCCGUUUGCUUGUUUCAGAGCAAAGGCAGCAACCAUAGAAUUUUUGUUAACUGAUUCUAAUACAAAGUAGCAACUUAAUUCAUCCCCUUCCCCGAGAUUUUACUGAUGGAUUUGGCAAAAUUCGUAAAUAUUCAUUUAACUCAUUGCAGAUUUUGGUAUAAGAAAAUCUUACUUGAGCUACUAACUUUCUAAGUAUGUGUACUAUUUUACAAGUUAUAGAAUUGAUAACAUUUGGAUGUCCAUUAGAAGUGAAUUGAGAUGUUGCUCUUGUUAAUUGGGGUUUGAAUUUGUCCAUCAAUAAAAUCUACUUCAGUUCAUUCUUUUACAUUUACUGAGGUUUAAAUAGAAGUUUUUUUUUGUCAUUUACACUCAUCAAUAAAAAUAAGACUGAACAUUCCACUUGCUUUUUAUAAACUGCAUGAAACAGCACAAUAGUUCUGUAUAUUUUUAAAAUAUAUGGUGAAAAUAUGCUCUCUUCAAUAAAGGGUAAUGGUUAAAUCUCCAUUCUGUCCUCAAUAUUACAAAGUUGUACAACUAGUUUGAAGUGGUGUCUGUAAUUGUUGACCGUUUCAUUAUACUAGAAUAGUAUAAUGCUCGUUAUCACCAAAAUUCAAAGUCCAUUAUACUUUAUUUCAGGGUACCAAAUGCUGUGUUCCUUUAGUUUCAAAGGCUUGCUUCUGAUAUCUAAAGUGGAUGAAUUCUCUCUUAUUGUCGUCUUGAUUUAAUUUUUCCAGUCCUGGCUAGGUUGUAUCAGAUAAUCUGGAUCCACUGAACAAAGCUGGCAACCUUCCCUUUCUUUACUAGUGUUCAUUGAAGCAGUUGUAAAUACUAAGUUAUAAUUUAGGUCACCAUUUAAGAGUGUUUAAGACUGUUUAAAUCACUCGUACCAAAUGCAGAAAUAAAAUUUUCAGUGGCUGUGACUUCCCUUUAAAUUCAAACUGUUGGAAAUCUUUUGGAUGAUGAACUGAAUUCCACUAUGAUUUGAUGCUUGGGUUUCAGAAUCUGGUGUGAGAAAUGUCACUCUGCAAAUGUUGAGGUAGUUUUUUUGAAAUGUAGAGGACCCUUUAAGAAUUUAUCUCACAUUCUAACAAUAUCUGGUUGGAAAAUUUAAUACUGGUGUUAAGAACGUAAAAUGUUUUCAUUCUAUAUUUGCAUUCCUUGUUUUGAUUAACACAAGACGUUUGCUCUUUCCACAUUUUUGGGGGGGGGGGGGGUGG